AUGCUAAAGAGGACCGGCAGUGACGGCAACGGACGGCAAUCAGACAUCGCUUUUCUUAACCUUAAUUACGUGACGGAUGUGCGGAUCGAUCGGUACAAUCUGAUGCCAUCGUUCAGGUUGUCGUCGACAGUAAUGGAGACCAGAAAACUGAUGCCAACCGACGAUAACAAGGAAAACAUGUUUACUGUGGGAAGUGUGGUGUCGUGUCUGUACCCGUCGGCCACUCCUGCGGUCACCGAUUGGAUCUCUGGCGAAGUCAUGGCAUUUGAUUACACGAGACGUAUACUAAUGCUGAAGAGGGCCGGCAGUGACGGCAACGGACGGCACUCAGACAUCGCGUUUCUUAACCUCAAUUACGUGACGGAUGUGCGGAUCGAUCUGUUGGUGUCCGGACAAGUGGUGGCCAACAAUGCGCUGCCAUUAAUCAAAAUAAAAAGUCUGGACGACAGAUACAAUCUGAUGGUCAGACAGCGAAAGGAAUUGAUAGCCGCUGUCGGCGCCGGUAUUACCAACACUGGAGUCCUUAUGUAUGCCUUUCUGGAGAAGAUUAACGGAAAUAUUGUUCAUUUGGACAAAAAGGUGAUCGUUGUGGACAAUAGCGUCCGAAUAGCGCCGCCCUAUAGUGUCAACGAUUGUGUGGACAUUAACUGCAAUCUCCCGGCGCUCACUGAGGGUCUGAAGUAUGUCCGACGACUCGUUACCCGUUUCUGG